AGAGAAGUUCUUUGGACUUCUCAAAUCUGCGCGGCUACGUGUCCCACGUAACGUUGGUGGACACAGCUAUAACGCGUUUUCUUUCCACGGAGCAGCACGCAACGGCCUCUCACGUCCGUGAAAAAUAUACCUUUCCACUAACCGAGAAGCGACAAAGAACUAAAAGCUUGCACAUUUGAUACAACUCUCACGGCGCAUAUUCUCACUUUGUGUUAGAGCCGUCUCCCUUGAAAUCAAUUCCACCGCCACACCGACUCACCCGACCGACGCCGCUGCCACACGAGAGCAGCGUUCCGGUGGUCUGUUGACAAAUACAAAUACACAAACACGAUCCCGCUGAGCCUACGCCUCUCUGCACGCCCAUUACCACCAUUGGGGCACAUCUAUUACAAGAAAGAAAAAGAUUGGAGGAAAGCGCAAGGAGCAAUUCCUUUAUAUAUAUACUCUUUUCCCGCACGUGCGUGUUGCUUCUCUCCUUCGCUUUUUUCCCUCCGUUUCGAUUCUCUCGUUUGCUUUUAUUUUCUAUAUACAUCUUCGCGCCCAACGAAGCAGCUUGAUUCGGAGCGUUUCGACGUACGGCUUUUUUUUUUUUGCUUCUGUGCGUCGUGAUCUCCCACUGCUCUCUCUCUCUCUCCUUCGCCGACACUUCAACGUUGCAGCUCUUGCCAAAGGCAAAAAAGGAGAACAGAACCAUGAAGGGCAGCAGUUCUCCAGCCACAGCGGCGCAACGCCACCUCACCGUCGAGCGCACUGGUGUGGUCGCACUCCUCCUUCUUGCUUUCUUCGUGCUGUGGGCCGGGGCAACGUCUGCAGCGGCUGGGGAAGCGGUCUCGCCUUCUUCCAGCAGCUAUUCCUAUAGCUCGUCCGACAGCUCUUCCCGCGACGCCGUGAUAACGACCAGUACAACAUCUACUACGACCUCCACUACGACCACCACGUCGACCACCACGUCGACCACCAGCGUCCCCUCCUCGUCUCUCUCCGACUCCAACGCGGGCAACGCCACCGGUCUUGUCUGGGCCAUCUUAAUGGACCUCAGUCGCACCUCCCUGUCUGAGGCGUCCCUCUCCGAGGCGAUCACCGCCUUUCUGUACAACUCGUCGGCACCGCACACGUACCUGCACCGCCUCUUUCGUCCGUCCCCCAUCGUCUUGAACACCCACGGCAGCCUGCUGACCGCCCUGACGGAGUUGACGGCACUGCUGAGCGACGCGGCUAAGUACCCGAGCGUGCUCUUUCUCGCCGAGACGGCUGACGUGUCGGCGUCGGUGAUGGACAUGCUGCGGCAGAACGACACGAAGUCGAACAUCCUCGUCAUCUCCGCACACUCCUCCAACUCGCGCCUCUGCGAGCCUGCGACGAACCCGCGCACGGUGUGCAUGGUGCCGCGCGACAUGAUCAACGUACGCGGCCUGUUAGAGGUGGCGUCUAGUCAGCUCAAGUGGUACUCCAUGGGACUCACCUUCAGCAACGACGGCUACGGUGACGGCGUGCAGACGGUGUUGAGCGGGCAGGUGCAGGCUGCCUCAACCACGCCGACCAUCGUCGCGCAGACCUUCAUCAACUCUGCGGCCUCGGACAGCGACGACGAUGACGUCGUGAGGCAGGUGAUUGAGUACCGGGCCCGUGGCGUGGCGUGCUUCGUGAAGGAGUCGGAGAUGCUGCGUCUUAGGCAGGCGGCGGUGCGCAACAACCGUGCUGCGAACACUGUCUUUCUGAUCGGCUCACGCGAAAGCCUGAACGUGCUACCGAGCCUCAUCGGCGACGUCAACUCACCCAUCAAGCCGUGGGGUGCACUCUUCGUGUCUGGCUACACCACCCCCGACGAGCUCGUGGCGCAGGGCUUCUUCCCGCUCUCGCUGGGCCGCGAUAUUGAUGAGUUCGGUGCCUUUGUGCUGAGCUACCUGCUCGACGGGCUGCUCAUGAUCGACGCGGCCCAGGGCGCGGUGGACAACAUGACCACCCUGCGCGCCGCCCGUUUCGACGGCUACACCGGAACCGUCUCCUUCGACCCCAUUUACUAUCAGCGCGUGGAAUCCGUCUUUUCUCUCGUGACAGCCAGCCACCGCAUCCGCGACCCGCUGGUGACGUGGACCCUCAAGAACUACUCGUCCACAGCGAAGCAGGUGAACGUGAACGCAACGACGACGUCGGCCCUCGUGAAGGCGUCGCCGCUGCGCACCGCAAAGAUUUGCAUGACGGGCGCCUCCAGCUGUGCGUCGGUGCAGAUGAUGAUGGCGAUGAUGUACGUGCUGGAGGCCUACAAUACGCAGGUCGAGGACGACGACGGCGACGACGUGUUCAACUUCUACCCCGUCGCGGUCAGCACCGGUGCCAGCGGCGUUACCGGUUUGGCCUCGCUCAUUUCAAUUGCGCGAACCUGCACGGUGCUUAGCGGGCCGGGGUCCGACUCCAUCGUGAUGGCCUUCACGCCGGUCGUAAACGAGUUCAAGAUCCCGCAGCUUGACUACGCCGUGUCGAACGAUUACUUCACCAACAACCCGUACACCUACCCCUACUUCUCCCGCAGCACACCGAAGGACACGUUUCAGGAUGGCGCCGUUGCGCAGGUCUGCGUGCACUACGGCUGGGAGCGUGUCAUCCUCAUCUCCUUGAACGACCAGUAUGGUAUUUCACGCGCUGCCACGAUGAAGUCGACGAUGCAGAAGCAGAACCUCUACGUGGAGAACUCGUACUCCCUGAGCAACUCAACCGCGGUGGCGCUAAAGGAUGUCAUGGAGAAGAUUUACGCAAAGCUGGUGAGCCGCAUUGUUGUCUUGCUGGUGCCCUUCACCGCCGCCCAGGCGGAGGACUUCUUCAACUUGGCGAACUCGCUUCCCUACAUGCAGAAGUACAUCUUCUUCCUCGACGGGGCGCUGUGCCAGACCGCCGCCGCCUCGCAGGCGGGUGCGCUGCUGCGGCGGAAGCUGCCCAGUUCCAUCUGCAUUCUCCCCUACGUGCCGGGUGCGAAGCUCAACGCGCUGAACGCGGACUACCAGAGCAGCGCCAACGUGGCGACGCUGACGUCCAUGAAGAAGGUCAUGAGCGAUGGAGGCUUCGUCUCAUCGAUAGAGUCGUGCAACACGACCGCCAUUACCCCCUUUGCCGGCUUUGCGGUGGACGCCGGGUACGUGCUCAUCGACGCCGUAACGCGCGCUCUCAAGGCGAAUGUGUCGAUGGAGGUGGCCGCGAACCUCUUGCCAUACAUCCGCAAUACGUCCAUUGACAGGUUCACGGGCAACUGCACCAUCGACUCGACCGGCAACCGUCUUUGGGCCGCGUACGUCAUUAACGUUCAGCUGUGGGAUGCCGAUCCGCUAACGAUUGGGACGUGGAACUCGAAGAAAUCGCCAGCGUUGGACAUCACUCAGUCCUCCUUCAAGUGGCUGACGAACAGCACCGAUGCUCCGUUGGACACCUUCCGUGAUGCGUCGUUUGUGCUGACUACUGCCUUCUCUGCGUCUCCCGGCACCAUCGUCAUUUCGGUCCUUGGCUUUGUCGUCACCAUCGCCGUCUUCUACUUUUGCUACCGACACUAUCGCAUGCAGAAACUCAUCGAGCAGGCACUGGAGGCCAAUCAGUUGCCCAUCACCGAUGAGGAGCUGCGCCGGCUUCGCGGCAUCAAGGAGGAUGUGUAA